AUGCAUCUGUACAACCUCACCCUGAGCCGGCCCAGCGCCAUCAGUUGUGCCAUCUAUGGCAACUUCUCGGCGCCCAAGGUGCACGAGAUUGUGGCGGCGCGCGGCAAGGUGCUGGAGCUGCUGCGGCCGGAUGAUGCGGGCAAGGUGCAGGUCAUCCACAGCACCGAGGUGUUUGGCAUCAUCCGCUCCCUGGCGCCCUUCCGGUUCCCGGGCGCGCAGCAGGACUACGUCAUCUGCGGGUCGGACUCUGGGCGCAUCGUGAUCCUGCAGUACAACAAGGAAAAGAACUGCUUCACCCGCAUCCACACAGAGACGUUUGGCAAGUCGGGGUGCAGGCGCAUCGUGCCGGGCGAGUACCUGGCUGUGGACCCCAAGGGCCGCGCCUGCAUGAUCGCUGCGGUGGAGAAGUCCAAGUUUGUGUAUGUGCUGAACCGCGACAACGACGCCCGCCUCACCAUCUCCUCCCCCCUGGAGGCCCACAAGGGCUCCAACCUCUGCUACGCCCUCACCGGCCUCGACAUGGGCUUCGACAACCCCGUGUUUGCCGCCAUCGAGCUGGACUACGCAGAGGCGGACACGGACCCCACGGGCGAGGCCGCCAGCGAGGCACAGAAGCACCUGACCAUGUACGAGCUGGACCUGGGGCUGAACCACGUGGUGCGCAAGUACAGCGAGCCCGUGGACAACGGCGCCAACAUGCUGAUUCCGGUGCCGGGGGCGGGCGACGGACCAGGUGGGCAGCGGGCUGUGUGGGGUGGGCCGUGCGCGCGUGCCGAGAAGCUGCCUGCCUGCAUGCAUGCAUGCAGCGAGUUUGGCGACAUCUACCGCGUCACGCUGGACUACGAGGGGGAGCAGGUCAAGGAGCUGCGCAUCAAGUACUUUGACUCCAUCCCACCCGCCACAUCCAUCUGCCUCAUGCGCAAGGGCUUCCUGUUUGCCGCCUCCGAGUUUGGCGACCACGCGCUGUACCAGUUCUCGUCCCUGGGCGACGACGAUGAGGGCGGCGUGGAGUCCAGCAGCGCCACGCUGAUGGAGACGGAGGAGGGGUACCAGCCUGUGUUUUUCGACCCCCGCCCGCUGAGCAACCUGGAGGCUCUGGACCGUAUGGACAGCCUGGCGCCCAUACUAGAUAUGAAGGUGGCCAACCUGGCGGGUGAGGAGAUCCCGCAGAUCUACGCCGCGUGCGGGCGGGGCUCGCGCUCCACGCUGCGCGUGCUGCGGCCGGGCCUGGCGGUCACAGGCAAGCGCGCUGCGCAUGAGAUGGCUGUGUCGCCGCUGCCGGGCAACCCCACCGCCGUGUGGACCAUCAAGCGCAGCGUGGGCGACGAAUUUGACGCCUACAUCGUCGUCUCCUUCUCCAACGCCACCCUGGUGCUCAGCAUCGGCGAGACUGUGGAGGAGGUGAACGACAGCGGCUUCAACGGCAACGUGCCCACACUGCAGACCCAGCUGCUGGCGGAUGACAGCAUGCUGCAGGUGUACCCCAACGGCCUGCGCCACAUCCGCCCCGACCGCCGCAUCAACGAGUGGCGCGCCCCCGGGCGCAAGACCAUCGUCAAGGCCACCACCAACGAGCGGCAGGUGGCCAUCGCUCUGGGAGGGGGGGAGGUCAUCUACUUUGAGCUCAACCCGCAGGGCAUGCUUGUGGAGAGCGAGAAGCGGGAGAUGGGUGGCGACGUGGCGUGCCUGGACGUGGCGCCCGUGCCCGAGGGGCGCACGCGCUGCGCCUUCCUGGCGGUGGGCAUGUACGACGGCGCGGCACGCGUGCUGUCGCUGCAGCCCGACUCCACGCUCAAAGUGCUGUCCACGCAGGCUGUGGGCGCCACCCCGGAGAGCGUGCUGCUGCUGGACUCUCCGCUGAUGGGCAAGGACGGGACGGAGGAGGGCGCAGGCUCGGGGGCGCUCUUCCUGCAGGUUGGCCUGGUCAACGGCGUGCUGCUGCGCACAGAGGUGGACCGGGUGACGGGGCAGCUCAGCGACACGCGCACCCGCUUCCUGGGCACCAAGCCGCCCAAGCUGUUUGCGGCGGCGGUGCCCGAGGGUUUUGUGGCGGUGGCCCGCAACACGCUGCGCGUCAUCACGCUGGAGCGGCUGGGCGAGUUCUUCAACCAGCAGUCGCUGCGCCUGCGCUACACGCCCCGCAAGUUUGUCAUACACCCGGACCUCAAGGUGCUGGCCAUCGCAGAGGCAGACCACGCCGCCAUCCCGCUGGCGCAGCGAGAGGACCUGCAGCAGCGGCGGGACGGCAUGGAGGCGGAGCAGCAAGGCGGGGCGACGGCGGCGGCGGCGGCGGGGCCGGAGAUGGAUGAGGAGGCGGCGGCGAGGGAGGACCAGUGGGGUGCGCCCAAGGGCGAGCCGGGGCAGUGGGCGUCGUGCGUGCGCAUCGUAGACCCGGUGUCGCUGCAGACAACACACUGCAUAGAGAUGGAGGACAACGAGGCGGCGCUCAGCGUGUGCCUAGUUGAAUUUGACAGCCACCCGGAGCACGGCACGCUGCUGGCGGUGGGCACAGCGCAGGGCCUCAAGUUCUAUCCCAAGGAGUGCCAGAACGGCUUUGUGCACCUGUAUCGGUUCCUGGAUGACGGCAAGCGGAUAGAGCUGCUGCACAAGACGGCGGUGGAGGGCGUGCCGGGGGCCAUGGCGGCGUUCAAGGGGCGGCUGCUGGUGGGGGUGGACGCGGUGCUGCGCCUAUACGACAUGGGCAAGAAGCGCAUGCUGCGCAAGUGCGAGUACCGGCGGCUGCCCACCCGCAUCGCCACGCUGCACGUCUCUGGCAGCCGCAUCUAUGUGGGCGACGGCCAGGAGUCGACCUUCUUCAUGCGGUACAAGAAGGGGGACAACCAGUUCUACAUCUUUGCGGACGACAUUGUGCCGCGCCACGUCACCGCCGCCCUGCACCUCGACUACGACACCCUGGCGGGGGCAGACCGCUUCGGCAACGUCUUUGUGUCCCGCCUGCCGCAGGAGGUCUCGGCACAGGUGGAGGACGACCCCACAGGCGGCAAGUAUGCUACAGAGACGGGGCUGCUGGGGGGCGCGCCCAACAAGCUGCGCACCAUCAACAGCUUCCACGUGGGAGAGACGGUGACAGCGCUGCAGCGCGCGGUGCUGCAGCCGGGCGGGCGCGAGCUGAUUGUGUAUGGCACCAUCAACGGAGCCAUCGGCGUGCUGUACCCCUUCACCUCCAAGGAGGACUGCGACUUCUUCCAGCACCUGGAGAUGCACAUGAGGCAGGAGCACCCGCCGCUGCUGGGCAGGGACCACCUGGCGUACAGGUCCUUCUACUUCCCGGUCAAGGAUGUGGUUGAUGGCGACCUGUGCGAGCAGUACCCGCAGUUGGCCGCCGACAAGGCGCGCGGCGUGGCCGAGGAGCUCGACCGCUCCCCCGGGGAGGUGCUGAAGAAGCUGGAGGACAUCCGCAACAAGCUGGUGUAGGGGGCCGCCUGCUGGCGUGUUGGGGCCUGGCGCCUGCGCGGCUGCGGCAGCAAGCAGCUGGGCAGGAAUGGGCAGACCUGGCUGGGGCUGGAAUGGAAGCGCGGCGGUGUCUGCUGGAGUGCAGACCCUCUUGCGGCGCUGGCAUGCAUUGCCCGAUUUAUUGCUGUGUAAAUCCACUGUUGUAGCUGCACGUCGGUCC